AUGUACGCCAGCCGGCCAACAAGUUCAGGCCCAGGGCCGAUUCGGGGAAUCGCAGCUGAUGAACAGGUGUUUCCGGGGAGCGAAGUAUCCACGAUGCAAAUGUCCCGGCCGUACAGCUCGUACGACAUGUACAACCCCGGGCAGUACUACGAACACCACAACAUCAUCAGGGUGUUGAUUCCGAUAUCUGUGGCUGGAUGGAUACUGUUUGGGGCAAUAUGCAUCUUGUGCAUCAAUGGCCACGGAAGGGCCGGUCGAUGGGUUCCCGAGUGGUAUCUUGAUUCCGAGGGAACGCGUUGGGACAAGGCUGCUGUGGGAGCGUGGUGGCUCGUGGUCCUAUUUGGGUGGCCUGUGAUCCUGCCUGGUGUCGUGGUCGGGCGCUUGUCGAGGAAGCUGAAGAGAUUGCGCGCCGAGAGAACGUCCAAGACGCUGAAGACGGUGAGGGAUCGGGAGUCAGAGGGCGAGGUUUGA